ACUUCAACUCCCGAAAUGCUCGACCCACACCAGCAGGCACCACCACCGACAAUACCAUCGUGGGGAGAUCAGCAUGGGGGAAUCUUUGAAACCCCUUAUUAUUACACUCUCUCAGAUCUUGCAGCGCAUGCCAAGCGCACAGGUUUUUCAGAGGAAGAAGAAGUGGAAGCCAUGCAAAGGGCGACCAGAGUGCUCCGGAGAGUAUAUCGACGUUUGAAAAUUCCAGCCAAGACGUUCGCCACUUCGUCGUACCUUCUGCACCGCUUCUACGCCGUCUGGCCCCGCAAAAGCCCUUACUACACUGACGAGGAAGUUUGUUUGGCCUGCAUAGAUAUGGCAUGUAAAUUGGAGGAAACACCCAUUGGCAUGUCACAGUUGGCGCAGUACGUUUUAUGUGAGAGUCGAGGUGUGAGAAUGACUGAGAGUGAGGCUAAAACAGCGAUGGAAGGCAAACUUGCUCCACAUCAGCAGAAGCUUCUCGAAGCGGUUCAGUUCGAUACGAACAUCGUUCAUCCGUUUUCAAGUUGUGCGAAAUUUGUCAAGCAGCUUUUUGUCACAGCUGUAGAUACCCGGAAGAAAACUGCGCCAGUAAACCUAUAUCAGCGUGCUUCUUCCAUCAUCCUCGACAGUUAUUCGAUACCACUCUGCAUCCAAUUUCCCCCGCACGUUAUUGCCAUGGCAUCAUUGUACCUAGCCUCAAAGUUCUGGUCGGAAUUUCCAGCCGUUCAAAGCGAAUUUGUUGAGAGCUUGUGCUGUAGGAUGGAGGAAAUUGAAGACGCUGCAAUUCAAUUGCUUGAAAUGUAUCUUAGAGCUCCAAAUCCUGAAAGCUCUCCGACCCUAUAUAAACGCUUGCUGGAUGAGCUUCAAGAACGUGUGAAGAGUAGGCCACCUUCAUUGUAUACGAGUCCCGCGACUCCCGGAGCCGAUGCGUAUUCUACCAACAGCUACCCGACUUAUUCUCCCCACUCUCCACAUUCGUACUCCUCCUACUACGGUCCAGCCUCCAGCGCGAGUACGCCGACUGAGGAACGGUACGCAGGGCACAAACGACGGCGAACCGAAGAGGAUGAUUCCGGAAGACGACAAAGGGACAAAGACAGGGAGCGCGAUCGGGAGAGAGAGAGAGAUAGGGAUAGAGACAGAGAAAGAGAGCGGGACAGGGACUGGGAUCGAGAACGAGACCGAGAAAGAGACCGGGAUAGGGAUAGGGAGAGAGACAGAGAAAGAGAGCGGGACAGGGACUGGGAUCGAGAACGAGACCGAGAAAGACACCGGGAUAGGGAUAGGAUGAGGGAUAGAGACCGAGACCGAGAUCGGGGUUAUAGGGAGUAUGAGGGAAGUCGACGACGCGGAUGGAAGGGCUGA